AUGAUGUCUGGACGCAACCUGAUCCAGCCCGCGUAUUUUGACCAGCCAGCAGAAGCCGUCGGUUCCAUUGGCCCAGGCGUGCUGCCCGCUGCACCGGGAGCCCCGACAGCUGUCCCGAUGAGGAAAGGCGCCAUGUGUUACGACAACUAUGUUCACAGCACCCAGAAUCCCGGUACAGGAAACUCGCUGCAGCUCGACGCGGGUUCUGCGGCCACUGCUCUGGUCAGCCAGACCUUGUUCAGCGGCACCGCGGAUGUGGGCAUCAUGCCGGCACAGCAGACAGCAAUGGCCUCGGACGAGCCACAACCCAUCGUGGCAAGAACCUCGUCGGGAGACAUACGGGGGAUCGUUCUCCCCGGCGCCAUAUAUUACCGGCGGGCCGGCUAUACCUUCCCACAACGGCGGUAUGCCAUUCUCCUGGACGAUCCGAUCGCAGAGACCGAGUGUGGUGCCGAAAUUUUCGAGCUUGGGACGGCGCACGUCUACGGUUAUGUUGUCCAUAUUGGCCGCUACUCUCGUGUCCAGGUUGUGUAUGCUGUUGCCGUCGCCGAUGGCUUCUGGGAUGUCAGCAGCCGAUUCGACGAAGAGACGCGCAACGCUACACUCUGGUACGACAGGCAGCCCCGAGCAUUGCCUCUGUGUCUAGGCACUAUCGCAAGGGGCGAGGGGGCGAGGAUGGGUCACAGCAUGGCGGCUGAGGCUUCUUCACCCGCCUUCAUCAUCCAAACCCCAGUGAUGCAAGAACAGUCCAGUUUUGGCUACGGCAGCAGCAACGAGCCUGGCUUUAUAAUGCCGGCAGCUUCUUCGGCCACCGGCCCAUCGUCAGCAAAGCCUUCCCUAGGAUCUCCCAUCCCCACACUAGCUUCGAUGGAGGACAGUACGGCAAUGGCCCGACCUGGCCACAAGAAGGACUGCCAAGUUCAGUUCGUCCACUACCGAGGCAUCAGCGUAGACGGGGAAAGGCCGGUCGGGCUGCUUGGCAAGCUCGACACGGAGAGCGAUGGGGAGCAGCACUGCCUGCCGCUGCUGAACGACGAAAUGGCAGAUCAGGAUACGUCCAUCAACGAGCUUCUGCCAGACAAGAAAUGCCCCUUCCAGACAUGCCCAUACCAUAAGAAGGGCUUUGCGCGGAAGCACGAUCUUGUCCGGCACGUCAUCACACACUACGAUGGACAGCUGUACUGUGGUUUCUGUCCAGACGAACUUGCAAAGUCAUUUGGCCGGCCCUUUUUGCGGGUAGAACCACUCAAACGCCAUCUGGCAGUUGUUCACCACGCUGCCAAGUUCCGGAAGACGCAGAACACCACCGAGACGUAUCUGAAGCUCCGCCUAAAAGAGUAUGGGGCGGUGCAUGGGGGCCACUGCAACAUCUGUUCUCGGCAGUUCUCCGUGGCUGCGAAGCUGUACAACCACAUCGAGGGCUGUGUUGUGCGACUGCUUCUGGAGCGCGCGCGAGCAGGUGACAUCGAGCCACAGGAGUCAGAGGAGUUGUCGGGAGCACAGCUUGGCUGGAGCACCAACCACCAGGCCUCGAGGCGGGCGGGUGCAAAGACUGGGACGGAGGGCGAUAAGAAGCAGGAAAUUGAGGAGCAAAACAUGGUCCCGGGCUACGACGACUCUUCGCUCUAA